CUAGGCCUUUCACUGCAGUCCAAUCAGCAUCUCCUACAAGGCCUACUGACACAGACAGGAAGCAGAUCACAGAGCAACAAGAAAACAGUCAAGUACAUCAAGGAGAAGAUCAGGAAGAACCUCCCUCUGCAGAGGUGCAUCAAUCUGUUCCACUGUCUGAAUGAACUGAAUGAUCAUUCUCUAGUGGAGGAGAUCCAAAGCUACCUGAGAUCAGGAAGUCUCUCAAAAUCUAAACUCUCAUCUGGACAGUGGUCAGCUCUGGUCUUCAUGUUGCUGACCUCCGAGAAGCUGGAUGUGUUUGACCUGAAGAAAUACAUCAGAUCAGAUGAAUCUCUUCUCAAACUUCUCCCAGUUGUCAGAUCCUCUAGAACAGCCCUGCUGAACAAAUGUAAACUUACCAAGAAAAGCUGUGAGGCACUGGCUUCUGUUCUCAAAUCCAACUCAUGCUGUCUGAGAGUGCUGGACAUGGGUGGCAAUAAACUCCAGGAUUCAGGAGUGAAGCUGCUCUCUGCUGGACUGGAGGAUCCACACUGUAAACUGGAGACAUUGAAGUUGAAUGAUUGCAACCUAACUGAGAAAUCCUGUGAGGUGCUGGCUUCAACUCUCAGCUCAAACACCUCAAGUUUGAGAGAGCUAGACCUGGGAGGAAAUGAACUCCAGGAUUCAGGAGUGAGAUUCAUCUGUGCUGGACUUGAGAAUCCACAAAGUAAAUUGGAGACACUGAG